UCCAAUCACGUGUGUGUGUACGAGGGUCGGAACGGUGAGGUGCAGUUUUCAGCUCACAUGUUUCCAGAGUCCCAUAUUUCAUCGCCAUUCAGAUUACGGCUGGAAGAGUGGCUGAGGGUGAUGCUGGAGUGGGAGCCAGCGGUGAGGGGCCAGGUGCAGGGGGAGGGGGGUAGCAAGCAGGUGGUGGCCUUCUCCAUGAUCAAUGAAAUUCUCAACAAAAAGAUGAUUAAAGUGUUUGUUGUUGACCUGUGUUGCCUGCUGGAAUAUGAGGUGACCGAGGCCACUUCCCUGUCCGAGGUGCAGAAGUGGGUGGCCCAAGACAGCGGUGUGGCCAUCGAUGACCAGCGGCCACUCUUACCUCGAGGCCAGCCACCUGACCCCACACGGCCAGCCAUUCAGUGUUGGGCCCCACCAGACGAAGACGAGUGGUUGUUGUACAUCUUUGCUGAAGGGAUGACUCGGCCACAAGUGCCUCCUCACUUUCCUCCGCUGGUGGAGGCAAUGCUGCGGGAGCCGCGCACCACCGUGGACUACCAGACCCAGCGCAGGAUGUGGGCGCACGCCAUCUUCUUCCUUCACAGAGAGGCACGACUCCUUGCUCUCCUGAUGCAGGCCCAGAAAGUGUCAAUGCUCCACUUGAUGGCUGGUCAUGCACAGCUCACAAAGACGGGCCAGAGAAUGCUGAGUGACAUAGCAAAGCUGCAAGCCCGCCAUCACCUCUUCAUGGAAGCUCUGAACACUGAUCUUGACUUUUAUGAUGAACAGGCAUCAUCUGGAAGGCUGACAUCUGAAAAGCUAUACAGUGGCUGGCGAGACAUGGGGGAGAUCACCCUCCGGCAGGUACACGCCGUGGUGGAGCGUGUGCAGCAGCUGGAGGGCUCCCUCACAGCCCUCAACACCCGCAUUUUGGAGCUCCAGUGCUCACCAUUUGCUCGGGCAAGAUCCAACGACACCUUAGAGAAUAUUCUGUCUGCUGGGGAAGAACUGUACUGUACGAUGCGUCGCCGGAACAAGGAGCAGAGGACCACGGCUCACGACAACACUGACAUGUGCAAGUUGCUGCUGCAGGCGCUAAGGAAGAGGGACAGGCUACAGCAAGACCUGUUCAAGCAUAUAGAGUAUGUGAUUUCUUGA